AUGUCUGGUGUGCUUCCAUGUAGAAAUCGGUUGUAUGCGCUAGACUACAAUUUGAGAUUUGCUGAUAAGGUGCUGUUGCAGCCUGAGAAAGGAGAUGUGCAAUAUUGUCGACUUCGUGGUUAUUCAGAGGAGCACUGUCAGAAUUACAUCAAAGUUGUUGCUGUACGUGGAAGUCGAUUACUGGUUUGCGGGACUCAUGCCAGAAAACCGAAGUGUCAUUACCGAAAGAGAGAAGAUAUUUCAAAAGUAACCGAGCAUUUGCCGAGGAAAGUGCAGAUGUGUCCCGAAGAUCCUGAUAGUAGUACGACAGUCCAGCUACCUGUGAAUAGCAGUGCUGUAUUUGUGGGUUUGGCCGGUAGUAUGAAUCGAGGCAUUCUGAGAUACUUUGGUCGUCCUGAUCCAUUGACAACUGACAUGAACAAUUUCAAUAUUCUAAGAUUGCCACAGUUUAUCAGCAGCUAUACUCUGGGGUCUAGCGUUUUCUUUUUUGCAAGAGAGCUAACUGAUGUUGGAAGCUUACGAUUCUACAUUUCGCGGGUUGCAAGAGUGUGUCAAUCUGACACUGGGGGAAGGUUUCUCUCACCAGGGCGAUGGACUUCAUUUGUAAAGUCUCGACUCAAGUGCAUCCAACCUGGAGGCAGUGGACAGCUACAAUACGACUACAAUUUUUUAGUGGAUGUUAGCUUUACAGAGAAGGACGGACGUCGCCAUGCGUUUGCUGUGUUCCAGCCUCCCACGUCCGGUCCUGCUGGUGGUGCUGUAUGCAUGUAUGGAUUUGAUGGCGAACGUUUGCGUGAUGACAUUUUGAGCGUAUUUGACGGUCCAUACGUUGGUGAGAAACGACAGCACAGUAUGAGGAGAAAACGAAAUCAUUGCGACAAGCCUCGUAGUGAAUCGAACGCAUUGAGAUAUACCGAGACAUCGAGGCCAAUCAGGCAGGCAACUAAUGCUCCCUUAGUAACCAAAUCUGGCGCAAGGUUAUUGGCUAUUGCUGCAGAUGCCAUCAGUCAAUCUACCUUCGUGUUAUUUGUGGCCUGUGACGAGGGAACCAUCGAUAAGUUCUUGGUCACGGUGACAGAAACUGAAACAACAUUGCGGGGAUAUAUGGAAAGAGGGUAUGUGCCCGUUGUCACCUUGAUUGACACAAUUCGAGUGAUUCCAAUGGAGGAUUUGCCAAGAAGUCCCAUUUACAAUAUGUUGAUUGUAAAAGAGCAGAAUGCGGUGUUUGUUGGUACCGAAACUGAUAUUGUUCGUAUACCUCUCAGUCGUUGCGAUCUUCAGUACGAUGAGUGCAGUGACUGUAUUGGGUCAAGGAAAGCACGUGAUCCAUACUGUGGUUGGUGCACGGGCACACACAAGUGUUCGGUAAAGAAUGAUUGCCUCGGCGGGUCUUGGAUAACAAAACAAGACAAUACCAGCUGCCCUGGCAAGACACCGUUUGUGACAGGUGUACCUCCCGUUGUUACGUCAACGUGGUCUUCACAUUUGGAUGUCUCCCACAAUGAACGUAUAUUGCUCAACUGUUCAGCCAAUGGGGUUCCUCCUCCUUCCUAUUGGUGGAAGAAGGAUGGUGAAAUACUGCACGAAGCGACCGGAGCAGAGUACGUCAUACCGGCCGUGCAUUUGGCCAAUGGUGGCGAAUACGUGUGCCUUGCACAGAACAGAUUUGGAAACACGACGGUAAAGACUGUCGUCAGAGUCAUACCAGAGAUAAUUGAAAAAGCUCCGACUGUUGUCAUAGCGGGGCCGUUUGACUCGUUAGCGUUGCCUUGUGGUGUAGUCGGCAGUCCUGUUCCCGUGGUCACGUGGCGCAAGAGAGGGGUUCUGGUGACCGACGAUUCGAAACACGGCGUCUUCGUGUCCAAGAGCGGAUCGCUUGUCUUUACGACCUUGUCCCCAAAUGACGCGGGCAUGUACGAAUGCGAGGCCGUCAAUCAUUGCGGCCGUUCAAGCUACACAACUCAAGUGUUUGUGACAUAUGACGCCGUUUCAAACUAUAAGUCGCGAAUCGUUAAGGAAGGAGACACCGUUGAGUUGUCUUGUUCUUUGUGUAAAGAGAACUGUACGUUUACGUGGACCAAAGACGGCGAAUCGUUAGAGAAGACAAACAGCAAGACGCUGACGAUUAGAAACGCGCGUAAGCACGACACGGGACAAUACUGCUGUACCGAAGCCAAAGACAAGGAUUUCCGCACAGAGGUCCACUUGGUGAAAGUAUUAGUUCCUCCCACUGUUGUGGCGAGAAGCGCAGCAAAUGUCACUGCAGCUGCUAAUGCGAGUGCUAUUUUUUACUUGGAUGUCACAGGUGAGCCUUCUCCUUACGUCAGGUGGUCGAAGGAAGGCAAGGAUGUGGGAUCGAGCAGCCGCGUCGUCGUCACUGGAACUACGGGAAGGUUCUCGUUUGUAGUUGACAAUCUGCAUCUGUCCGACAGCGGCAUCUACGUCGCCACGAUCUACAACUCGAUUGCAUCGAAGGAUGUAGCAUUUUCUUUGUUUGUCUUUGGUCAGCGACAGUGUCCACCGUUGGUCACACGCGCGACAGAGGGAGGAACGUUAUCGUUCACAUGUAGAUAUUCGAACGACAUCUCUGAGACGAUUGGAGGCAGUCUUCUUCCGGUCACGUGGAAAGGGCCACACUUACGUGUACGACCACGUGCCGAUUCGGUGAGCAUCUCUAGAAGAGUUAAAUCGACUAGCGUGAAGCUGACUAUUAGAAACGUUACCGUGUCCAACGAGGGCGAGUAUGAAUGCCACGCGUACGCGACUCACGGACAUUCCGUCUGCCGCUGGUGGGUGGGCGUCACUCAGAGAAACGCAACCUCGACGCAUCAUCCUUCGUCUUCUACGAGAGACGGAGCAGAAAUCGGCAUGAGCGCUGUUGUCUUCGGUUGCAUUAUUGUGUGUACUGUACUUUUUGGUCUGUUUACUGGUGCUGUGACAGUGCGCAUCUGUUUGCGCUAUCCUCAAAAAUGUAAAUCUGUGAAUAUCCGGGAUGUGUCGCCGCGGUCUGUCGAUCGAGGACGACGACGUUCAGAGUUAAUAUCUGUCUCGUCAGUGGCUUCUGCUACACCGCUAGCUGUGUCGAGUACUCGUAGUACAAGCUCUCGUUUUCCCACAGAUACGAAGACUGCGUGAAUCUCAGAAAUCAAUGGACGAAGCAGUGAUUCUGAAAAACGCCUUCUAUAGAAGAGAUUUAUAUGUACACAAAUCAAUAUUGGAUAGAAAUUUGGCUCACGCGACAGCGCGAUCAAUGUAUUUUGAACUAGAAACUAACAAUAUAAAUAUAGAUUGUUUACUGCAU